GUUUUUGAAAAUAUUGGCGCUUGCGCUAGCUAUGACCGGAGAUGUUGCUAUGUCUAAGCUUUCCUAGCAAGUUAAUCUUUCCCAAAACGAAAUACGUGUGUCUUCUCUGAAAACCUAACUGUAGUCAAAUGCAAUUAAAGAUAACCGUUGCUGACAAAAGCAUCACAUUUAUGUCAAGGAACCACAAUGGCAAGUGACGUAUGCAGCCAUGUGAGGGUGGUAGUUCGGGUGAGGCCCACCACAGAGAGCGAGAAGACUGAAAACUGUCGAAGUGUGGUCCAAGUGGUUGAUAACCACAUGCUCAUAUUUGACCCCAAGGAAGAGGACACAUCAUGUUUUGGGUCACAAAGAGUCAGAAACAAAAAUAUCAACAAGAGGGCAAAUAAAGACCUUAAGUUUGUUUUUGACCAAGUCUUCGGCGAGGAAUCGACCCAGGAUGACCUCUUCGAGGGGACCACUAAAGCCGUUUUGGAUGGUGUGAUGAAUGGAUUUAACUGCACAGUGUUUGCAUAUGGUGCUACUGGAGCAGGCAAGACACAUACUAUGUUAGGUGCCCAGAAUGACCCCGGGGUCAUGUACCGCACGAUGACGGAGCUAUUCAAACGCAUGGAGGAUGCCAAGGAGGAGAAAGAGUUUACUGUUGCAUUCUCAUAUUUUGAGGUUUACAAUGAACAGAUCAGAGACUUGUUGGCGAAUAUUGGGCCUCUUGCAGUCAGAGAGGACAGCUCUAAAGGAGUGGUUGUUCAAGGCCUCACGCUACAUAAGCCCAAAUCUGCAGCGCACAUCCUUGAAGCUCUGGAUACUGGCAAUCACAACAGGACACAGCACCCUACUGACAUGAAUGCCAACUCUUCGCGCUCCCAUGCUGUAUUUCAGAUAUAUUUAAGGCAGCAGGACAAAACGGCCAGCCUCAAUCCUAAUGCCUGCGUUGCAAAAUUGAGCCUGAUUGAUCUGGCAGGCUCAGAGAGAGCCAGCGCCACCAACGCUAAAGCGGCACGUUUACGAGAAGGUGCUAACAUCAAUAAGUCACUCCUCGCCCUAGGGAAUGUCAUCAAUGCCCUCGCUGACCCAAAGAAUAAGAAGACUCAUAUACCGUACAGGGACAGCAAGCUGACGCGGCUACUUAAAGACUCCUUGGGGGGAAACUGCAGGACGGUUAUGAUUGCCAAUGUUAGCCCCUCAUCCAAGUCCUACGAUGACACCCACAACACACUUAAGUACGCCAACAGGGCCAAGGAGAUUAAAUCAUCGCUGAAGAGUAAUGUUGUAAGCUUGGACAGUCACAUUGGCCAGUAUGCAGUGAUAUGUGAGAAGCAACGGCAAGAGAUUGUGCAGUUGAAGAAGAAACUCAAAGACUAUGAGGAGAAGAACAUGGUGCCUGUGGCCUCUACCACCAUCUCUUCCCAGAAACAAGCAGAGUUUAAAAGGGUGUCAGAAGCUCUGCAGCAAAUCUUCUCGGGCCGGGCCCAAAUCAGAAAAGAGCAGCUGGAUCUGGAGAGACGACUGAAGGAGAACGAGCUGCGCCAGCGGUACAGUGAGGAGGACAACCUGCAGGUCCAAUGCUUCUGUGCCAAAGAAAAGACUGAGAAGGCCACUUGCAAGCAUGAGCGGAAGAUUGCCAGCUUACGCACUCAGCAGCAGCACAUUCUGAAGCGUCUGAAGGAGGCACAGGCGCGUUUCCUGGACAAUGACGGCUGGCUACAUCGAGUUGAGAAUGAGAUCAAGCUGCUGAAGUCCAAUGAUCAGACCUCGGAGGUGUUGGAUAAGAGCCUACACGGCCACCGACUGGAGCUGCAGGUUAACGAUCUCAAACAACACAUCACUCAGAUGGUGGAGCUCACUGCACUGCAGGAUCAGGAGAACAAGCGAAUGCAAAAAAUGGUCAACAUCUUGUUGCCGGCUUAUUCUCAGCACUACUCUACGCUGCGUGCGGCUGGGCUGGUCACAGCCGCAGAUGAGAUGGAGAACCAUGAACUUGAGCACCUUGUGUUGAGGGAGAGAGGCGUGGUCUGGGCAGACCAGGAAGUGGCAGGGCAGCAGCUGAAAGGCGUGGGGGCCGGAGGGGAGUCUCAGGAGGAGGCGGGCUCCAGCGACCUGGCACCUGUCCUGUCCUUCUCACAUCUGCUCUACCACCAGAGUUCUCCCUGCAGUGCAGAGAGGCGCAGAAAAAGAACCAUGCUGCUUCACCCGAAAGUUGGAGGAAAACAGCCAGAUAUGAAAGCAGAACUACGUCCAACGAUGCCCACCAGGAGGAAUCUGUCUGCGUUGCUGGCACCACAAAGCCCUCAGACGUUCGCCACAGCCGAGGUGUUUGAGGAGGACAUGUUCCCACUCAAGUCCACACCAGAACCUUCUCAAAAAACAUUUAAAGACUUGCCACAGAGCUCAAGUGCCAUGGAUCCUAACAUGACAUUUGAAGUUAUGGACCAUGAUGAUCAAACUGCAAGCAAUGCAACCAUCCUAUUAGGAAGUGGGAGACCCUGUCGAGCGUUGGCGUCAACAGAGCUCUCGGGUCCCAGCCAACCACUCCGACUUCCGGAAGCCAACGAGGAGAACCAGGUUCCUAACAAAAGAUUCACAGGAGAACAGGCCACGAAGAGUUGUGAAGAGCGUUUCUGA